AUCCCUAAUAAAGACUUGUCUUGCUGUUUGCAUCUGGUGGUUGAAAUCUCGUCUGUAUCUCCCAUUUCCUUUGGUUACUGUGCCAAAAGCGGCUUCAUUUCUCAACUGAUUGGAGAAUUGACAGGAGGUGAUGUAUUGAUCAGAGCCACAGCCAUUGAGAUGGUGACCACUUUAGCCCAAAGUCAGCAUGGUCGGCAGUAUUUGGCCCAGCAGGGUAUAAUGGACAAGUUUUCUAACAUGAUCAAGGGAGCAGAGACCGACCCUUUCUCCUCCCUCUACCUUCCUGGUUUGGUGAAGUUCUUUGGAAACUUGGCCAUUAUGGACAGCCCACAGCAGGUUUGUGAAACCUACCCGGCCUUCCAGAACAAGGUGUUUGAGAUGGCUCUGGACCCGGACGCUGCAAUGAUCGGUGUGGCUCUGGACACUUUAGGACUACUCGGAACUACUGUGGAGGGCAAGCAGGUCCUUCAAAAAGCAGGAGAAAAGUUCAAGGCUGUGUUAACAAGGAUGAGCCAGCUUGCCAGCGCUGGAGCUACAGAGCUCAGAGUGCGCAGCUUGGAUGCGAUAUCACAACUUCUCACACUACAGCCAGAGGAGCAGACAGAAGACCUCUUGGCCCUCACAGAGUCCUGGUUCCAUCUUUUGUCUAACCAGCCCAUGGACAUGAUCCGCAACAUCAGCACUCAGCCGUUCCCAGAGCUGCACUGUGGGGCUCUGCAGAUAUUCACCGCCAUUGCCACUCAGCUGUGGGGCCAGAAGUUAAUGAUCAGCACUCCCAGUUUCAUGGAGUUCGUUUUGGAUCGGUCAAUGGGUCUGACAAAGGAUGCCAAAGAUGCUAAGUUUGAGCUGGUGGGGUCCCUUGUUGGUUCAUCGACAGCAGCAGACGUACUGGGCAGCCAGUAUUACAUUCGUCUGAAGACUUAUCUCAGAGAGGGACCUUACUAUGUAACAGCUGUGGCCACAGUCGCCACAGAAAGAGCAGAAUGAUUCAAAAACAUUCGGAUAAACUUCAUGGGUCUAGUUGCUUAAGUAACGGGUAAGUGCCAGAAUAAUCUAGCCGUGGGUUAACGUAUAAAAGUAAUUCUCUGAUAAAUACAUA